AUGGCGUGGGCGCACGAGGCCAUGAGCCUGGAGGAGCUGAUCCAGGUAGCGUCCGCGUUUCUCGAUAUUCUGGUGCUCGCGUCAGGCUACCAGUCUUCCGGUGCGCCCGUUUUUUGGCAUCCUCUGGGCGUGGGCAGGGCAAUGCGAUGGGCGGCGCUCCUAGAGCGAGCAAUGCGGGGGUUUCCAGCCACUGACCAGGGGCGCUCGUCCAUGGAGAUUCUCGACAUGGCGCUGCUGGAUCUCAUGGACGCCACGCCCCAUCCGCCGGGCCUGCCUCAGCUCUCAUGCGGGCUACUCUCCACUGCGAGAAACGUCCUUGUAAGUUUCUUGAUCCAGGCCUUUGGGAUUGGCAACGGGCAGCUCGUCUCGCUCGUGGUGGCGGCCCCCGACACCGAUCUCGCGGAGUUUCUCCGGGAGAGAAAGGGAGGAUCCUCGGCCAGGAAGCGAUCCUUCGAUGAGUUUCAGGUUCCCGAGGCGAUCACUCUGGAGGUAUUGUCGAGAGAGAGAGCAAAGUCGGGCUUGGAUCGACUGGGUGAAGGGCUCGAGCGCGUCGAAGAGGAGAUAAGUUCAAGCAGGUUGGUGAAAACGCGAGCUAUUCCCAUUUGGAAGGAAGAUGGAACUAGUGAUCACCCAGACACCAGUAGAGGAAGCUCUUGCCUUUGCGAGAGAUGGUGCCAGGAAGCCAUCUCCUACUGGACGUCGGCCAAGACGAUCUACAAACUCACGGGAGCCAUGACGAUCUUCGACGCUGAGAUGGAGCUGUGGAUCCCGGUUUUGGAUUCUUUGCACAGAAAGCCAGUGACUUCCGCGACGCAGGGUGACGAAGUUGUGGAGGUUGCCGAGCUCUGCUUGCUCUAUCUUGCCUCUACUGCAUGGAAGCUCGUUCUCCGCAAGCUCCUGGCUUCGCUCGUCCCUUCUUCUUCGCAAGCUUCUGAAGGAGGAGCGGUGAGCUUUCGAGAGAUUCCACAGCAAAAGCGGGAAGAAGUGGAAAACUAUUUCCUUGGAUUGCUGCAAGCCAGGCGAGCAAUCUGGUGGAAAGUCCCGGCCAUCCUCGCGGCGGCGGCAGUGGCGAUCAAGAACUCGGGCUUGUCCAGGAGCUACGUCGAGUCCAUUGCGAUUCACGUCCACUCCAAGGAGAGCUCCGGAAUUUGCUUCUGCCAUGCUUGCUGCUCAAGGCAGCAGUGCGAGCGAUGCCAGGAUCUAGUCCACGAGCGAACCUGGUGCGUUUUGCUGCUCAACCAGAUGGAAGGGGAAUUCCUCCAGCAGCUCAAGAGGCUCUACUUGAGAACUUGCGACUACGAAAACAUUCGUCCUGGAGGUACCAUAGUUUGGUCCGAGCAUUCUUUCUUUCGAGUUUAAGCGGCAAGCCACACGAUCGAGCACAUACAAACUGCAGGUAACACUCGCCGAUCUAAAUACCAAGCCAGGAUCGAGCAAAGUUCGGAAGAAAACGCCUCAAAAUACAUUUGAGAUUUGCAGCCACUGCGUUUUGACAUUUCCGUUUUCUCCAGCUCGGGAAAAAUGUUCAUACUGAGUGUUCCAAGUGAUCUUCGCCCCUGGAGUCGAAAAUUGCCAGGAAAUCCUUGUCGAAAUCGACAACCUUUCAAUACCUUCGUAGGAUAAAACUUGCACAAGCUCGGCGUCGCCAAAUCCAACCAGCUUCAAGUUUGUUCUCCCGUCAUCCACUCCGACGAUCUUGCAUUGACUUGCUGGGAUUCCCCGCGGAGUGCAGAGGCAACACUUCGGUGUCGCUCAGAUCUUCAAGCUUGAAUCCCUCGGUCGUCACCGCCUGGCCAACGAUCUUGUCAGCGUUCUCGAGCUUGCACCCCCAUAGUCGAACUUGUUCUCAUGGACUCCAGGAUUUGCUCUAGAGAUCUGGACGAAGCACCAUGCAUUGACUCAAACCGGCGUCCAUGACGAGAAACAACCUUAGCUCUGGAGCUUGGUCGGGGAGAUGCUCAAACCAGGAAUCCAUUCCUGAAUCCCGCAAUUGAAGAGAAAUUCCGUUUCCUCGAUUCGGGUGGCAUUUCGAGGCUCU